UGUCUCUCCUGCUGUUCUCUUCCAGACGACCGGCCUGGUUGGCCUGGCAGUGUCCCACAGUCCACAUGAGCGUCUGAAGCUUCUCUACACUAAGAUCCUGGCAUCACUGCAGACCAUGCCACAGGAUGCUGCCUACAGGAAGUACACGGAGCAGCUGGUCUCUGAGAGGUUCAACCAUGUCCAAACAGAGCCUGAUGUUGAAAAGCUGGAGAAGAAAAUAAACUCUGGUCAGAUUGAAGAAGUCAUUUUCCAGGUAGGUCACUGUUACCCUGUUGAUUUCACCAAGUGCUGUCAGUCACCCUGUUAAGGUGACCUCUCUGUG